AUGCUGAGCGUGCCGAGUCCCAGGACGCGCCAAUGCGGACCGGAGGUCAGUGUGAACUCCCCGCCCUCUUGUCGACGGUCAACGGCACGGCUCGGCCACAUCGAGGGCCAGAAGUUCCCGGGCUUUGACAACGGACAGGACGACGGGCGGCCAUCCAGGCGACACCGCACGCCUGCAGGCCUGAGCGGCGGGCCGUUGAUGAUGGCGGGGGCGGCGACGGAGGAUGACGACGACGACGACGACGAGAUGAAUUGUCUGGGACGGGAUAUGACGUCGGGGGCGAGACGGGAUGUCGAGGAGAUGGUGGGGACGCGGCCGAGGGCGGACCUUCGUGACGGGCAGCCAGCGACGAGCCACGAUAGCGCUCGCCACCGCCGCAGGCGAGCUGCUCUCAGACCAUCGCUCACACCGCGUCUCGCGGUCGAUGAGCUGACCCUCGCUCUGGGCUGA